UGCUUCGCCGGGCUCAGGUCUGACCCCAGGGGUCUCUGCAAGCAAUGGAGGCAGGAAAAGCUACGCGGCGCCUUUAAGAGCUCGUCCGCGCCAGCGCGGGAAAGGAAGCAAGCUAAGGGGCGGGACUUAGGCCAAGCCCGCGAAAGUCGGAUACUUUGUUGCCGCCGGAUGGAACGCUGAGUAGCAAGCCGGGCUCGGAACGUUCCAUCGGGAGAAGAAGCGGCCACGUGGACGCCAUGGCGCAGCUCCGGGUCACCGAUUUCUUCGCGCAGAACAAGAAGGGCCCCGCGGCGGGCAGCUUGAGCGCCAAGCGCCGGAAGGUACAAGCUGAUGGAGCCCCCGAACCCCUGGAGGCCGGCAGGCCCGAGAAGAAGGAGCAGCAGCAGGAGGAAGAGACGGGGCUGGGCCUCUUGGAGCCUCCUCGCACCCCGCUCGGCUCCAGCUGCCCGCAGCCCUCGCAGCCCAGCAGCAGCAGGAAAAGGCGCAGGCCGGAGCCCGAGGCGGAGCUCACGCCGGUCUCUGCCCAAGGCCGCCGCCGCCUCGGUGCGAAGGGCACCGCCCGGAAGACGCUGGUGAUGCCCGCGGAGGAAAAAGGGGAUGCGGUCCCAGGCUUUGCUUCCCCCACAGCCCUUGGGCUACCCAGCCCCUCCAGUCUGGAUAAAAAGGCAAAGGAUUUGGCCAAUGUGACUCUUUCACCUGGUCUGCAGCUGGAGACCACAGUGCAGCCUGGCAUAGUGUCAGUAGAGAAGGAGGUGGUGUCUAAGGAGAAGUUGGCGGAGCUGAGCGGUCGUCUGGCGAAGAUCCGUGCCCUGGCACAGAAAGUCACUUUGCCAGCCAGCUCCUCAGAGGCUGACGGUGACAUAAAGAGCAGAUUAAAACGGGCUCAGCUGCUGGAAUCCAAAAUCAGCAAGAGGAAAGAGGCUGAGAAGGAGAAAGUGAGGAACCUCCCUCAACUCCAGCUGGGCAAAAGCAAUCCUGAGCCAACAGCAGAGACCAGUGCGAAGGCACCAGCCUUCCAGCGCUUCCACAACCUCGCCCAGGACGUCCCCCCGGGACUCACGCUGCCUUACAAGUACAAGGUGCUGGCCGAGAUGUUCCGCAGCAUGGACACCAUUGUGGGGAUGCUUUUCAACCGCUCGGAGACAGUGACCUUUGCCAAGGUCAAGCAAGGCAUCCAGGACAUGAUGCGCAGGCAAUUUGAAGAACGGAACCUGGGUCAGAUCAAAGCUGUGUAUCCGGCUUCGUACAUCAUGCGCCAGGAGAAGAACAUUCCCACCUUUGGCACCCCUGGUCAGAAGAGAGGCGACUACCAGCUGACGAUUGAACCCAUGCUAGAGGCAGGAGAGAAGCUGUCGGCAUUGCACCUGAUGCAGCGUCGGAAAAUAUUUGGCAGGAACUUGGUUAACAUCGUGAAAGGGCACCACAAGGCUUUCUUGGCGUCUCUCAACCCUCCAAUGGUGGUGCCGGAAGACAAACUGACAAGGUGGCAUCCCCGGUUCAAUGUUGACGACGUGCCCGACAUCGUCCCUGCGGAGGUGCCUCAGCCCCCGCAGGUGGACAAAAUCACGACUGCUCAAGAGGUGCUGGCCAAGGCUCGCAGCCUGAUGACGCCCAAGAUGGAGAAGGCGCUGGCCAAUCUGGCUCUGAGGACCGCCGAAACCAGCCCCUCUGUGCCGGAGUCCCCUCGGCCAUCCCCGCCAGCUCCGGCUGGCACCCCCAGCAGCCUGAAAGGGGUUUCGCAGUCCUUGUUGGAGAGGGUCAGAGCCAAGGAAGUUCAAAAGCUGCAGGCGCUGAUGGUGCGGAACCCGCAGCAGGAGCGGCGCCUGGACAUGCUGUCGCGUCUGCCAGAGAUGGCGCGGGUCCUGCGCAACGUCUUUGUGGCGGAGAAGAAGCAGGCGCUGCCCCUGGAGGUGGCGUGCCAGCGGAUGAUGGCCAGCUACCGGUCCCUCAUGACGUUUGGAGAGACAGAAAAGCACCUUCGUCUCCUCUCAGAGCUGCUGCCUGGCUGGGUGAGCGUUGUCCCCAUCCGGCAAGAAACGUACAUCAAGCUGGACAAAAGCGUGGACCUCAACGUUGUCACGGAGAGACUGGCCGCAAGGGCAAAGGAAGAGGAAAGGCUCUAAUCUAUGCUGCAGGAUGGGGGGAGAUCAUGAUGCCUUAGGCUCAGCAUCAUCAUUGUGUGCCUGUUGGCACAGUCUCUCUUGGGAAAGGACCCCGAUGGCCAGAGACGUGUGUGUCGUUUUCUCUCCUUGCAGCUGAUGCAUGAAUGUGAGCAAAAUGUGAAUAUUGUGGCUUUUUCAGAAUUAAGAGGAUAUGGCAUCUCUCCUUCCUUCCUUCCCUCCUAGUUUUCUAAGUGCCAUCCUGGUGCCUGUGUAGCUGUUACGGUUCUGUAAGGCCACAAGAGGGCAGCACAUACAAACCAGGAAAUUCAGUUUGAUUGGCGCAUCACAACAAAGUACCAAACUUUUCGCCUUCGUGCAUUAAAAAAGUUCUUUGUCAGCACCGCUUCCCCACUUGCCAGAUUUGCUGAACAGGCAUAGAGAAUGACGCUGCAGGACCACAAAGCCAUUACUCCUUUCAUGACUAGCAUUUCCAUUCCCUCAUCUGGCAGGAACGGGUGGGAGCUGCCUUUUUCCACAAAGGGAGUUUCAGUUCCUCCAAGACUUGGUAGACAGAGGACAUUAAAAGUACUUUUAAAAAAAUUGGUUGUAAAACAUAACUUGUAUAUGAACCUUAGCAAUAACUAUUUAUUGAUCAGGAGGAGCUUAAAAUGAGUGAUUUUUAACUGGCCAAGCCAUUUAGUUGACAUUUUUGUCCCUUAGCUUCAGUAAAGGGGAUUGAGCCAAGAGCAGCGGUGGUGGAUUUCUGCAAUUUCGUUUGAGCCUGAGGUCACAGGUCCACCAUACAUUUAACGUACUACACUUGCCCCAAAGAAUGCUGGGAACUGUAGUUUGUUAAGGGUGCAGAGGUUCUAACUCUGAGUGGUAAACUACAGUUCCCAGGAUCUUUGGGGGGAAUUGACUUUGCAUGCCUUAGAGCACCCUGUCUCAACCUUUCCCCAGAUGUUGGACUUACAGCUCCCAUCUUCCCUGACCACAGCUCCCGGCUGGUUAAGGAUUAUGGGAUUUGUAGCCCAACCACCUGGGACCCUGAGGUUGGGAAAGGCUGGCUCAGCCCAUUGUACGGCUCUACAAUCUCACACAUGGAACCAGGGAAUCUAUCUGCCAGUAAACGGACUUCCUUGUGACUGCAUGUGACCUCAUCUCAUCCCCUUCCUUUAUUUUUUUGGCUCUGUGCAAACUGCUGUUGUGACUUAUUUGCCUUAAACCUAUGAAAUUAAUUAUAGUUCACCCUGUUAGGCAAUCCAUGGGUUUGGGAGCUAAAUGGGGCCCUUGAAUUGAGGUCCCUGGCCUGCACCUGCCUCUUAGCAUUGCAGCACUAGAGCUAUUCUGUACUAACUCCAAAACCAUCAGUGGCAGCACUGGAUUAUCUGUUCUGUGGCCACAGGAAGCUGAAUAAAACCCCUAUUCACAAAUACCUUAACUGACUUGCUUGCAAGCUUAAGGGGUGGCUAAUUUGAGGCCCUCGAGCUGUCACUGGACUACCGACUCCUAUCAUCCUGAACACCAGCCAUGCUAACUGAGGCUGAUGGGAGCUAGCUGGGGGCACCUACUGCCUUUUGUUGAAAUGAUCUUGAUGCCAUUUUUAGUAGUUAGAGCAACCUUGCAAUAAUAUUUUAGAAAUCAGCAUGAAAAUAAAGAGAAAGCGGAAUGCAACAAAACCAAACGACCCCAAACCCACAGCAAACAGAAGAAUCCACACCAGAAAAGUGGUGCAGGUGAGUCUGCACAUUUUGAUGGCAAAACUGAAGAUCUAGCUAGAAAAAAUGGCGUUAUUGUUAAUUAUGCAAAUAAAACUUCAUUCUUUUUGGA